CCGGAGGGCACCAGGACCUCUCUUCCUCCUUAUGCAUGCGAGAUUGGCUAGAUGGCUAGAUGGGGCAAAGACAACCAGGACGAGACCUUCAACAGUGGAGGCGGCUGGAAUACCUUGGCAAACGAUUCAGACAGACAUGUGGAACACCGCAGAUAAUCAACGAACAACUGCUCGGCCUCGAUCAAGGACUACUAUCUAACACCGCAAUACAAUCAUCAUAGCUUUCCGGCCAAAAAUAACCACAUCAGAAAUUUCUCAGAUCUGGCAGCAUUCUACUGGGCAAAACUGACAGGCCUAUAUAGUCCAGGACAACAAGGUGUUCUUCUUUCCAAUCUGCAACAUCAUCCGACUCUUUUGCCCCUUUUCUGACGUCCCUGAGACGUCUUUAAAAGCAUUCGGCUGCUGCAGCACCUCAUCCUACCUCAAUCAUGUCCGCUUUCAUCACUGGCAAUGUCCCUGACCACAGUAAUCUUUCCAUCCCUCUGUACAACUGUUGGUCAAACGAUACCAGGCUAUCCAUGGCAUGCUGUGGUAUCGCCGCUGGAUACUAUAACGAAUCGACCAAGUAUUGCAAGGAGGCGCCUCCUAAUACAGCAUCAGCCCAGGUGUUCCAAUACCUCUCCCUCGAAUACCGGACCUGCAUCGAGACGGUGAUGCUGUUCAAUUCAACCUAUUCUUCCGCCAUGUAUGCUUGCAACCAGUCGGUCGUCUCGGAUACGUGUACAGGGGCUGCAGCACUUUCGAUCACGCGUGUAGGUUAUAGCGGCUUAGUGGUGAUUUUGCUCCUUCUGGCGUCUAUCCUCUGUGUCAUCCCAUAAUACGCGACACUGGGCCUUCUCGUUCUGGAUCUCAGGCAGCGACUCAGGUCUCAGAGACAGUUCAGAACAAAGGAUACUCGACUCUGUCGCCCGAACGUGACAUGGUGAUCUGUCCCACCUUUGGCUUGCGGCGAAUCGCCGCCCUACUUCCUGCUGGACCAGCUGUCAAAUAACGUGGGCGUGACCAUGGGUCGACUGUGGGGUGCAGCAGCCUAUAUCCGCUGGAUUCUCGCCGGAGGGCAAAGACACUCACGACGGUCCACAAUCACUGGAACCCCGGCAGCCAACAGAGGUGCCGCCACAGGAUCCUAUACAGCCGAUGCAGAUCUCGUCACGUGACUCCCCCCCCCCCCCCC